AUGGCCGCCCAGUCAACCCUUCGAGAGGAUCCCCUCUUGACCCUAUAUCGUCACUACUCCGAUCUCGUGCGCUCAAAACUCCGCCAUUCCUCCAAGACAACCCGCCUGGCAGCAACGGUCGCACUUCUGCUCUCCAUCAUCACCUCGGGGUAUGGGGGGUACAGGUGGUUCCGGGGGCGGGUCAAGGAGCGAGCCCAGGGCCGCCGGCUACUGCGGCGCAAUUCCGGGAUCCGGGGUAAGGACGGAUCCCGCACCAUUUAUGUACCAUACAAGGACUCUUUAACCUCAAAGGUCCGCAUUCAUCCAACCAAACCGACGACCUUUGACGCCCAUCGACGCCUAUUCCUGAACCCCCCUGCCUCGGCGCGCGGCAAGCAUGACGGGUCAUCGAGCCAAAUCCCUCCGCCCGCCACCAAGCCCGGUCUCAAUCUGGCAUUCUUACAUCAGUUCUUGAGCUUGGGCAGUAUCAUGGUCCCCCGAUGGGGGAGCAAGGAGACGGGCUUGCUGAUGAGCCACGGCCUCUUCCUCUUGGUGCGGACAUACCUCUCCCUGCUGAUUGCGCGCCUUGAUGGUGAGAUUGUGAGGGAUCUGGUCGCCGGCAAAGGCAAGGCUUUCCUCUGGGGAAUCCUGAAGUGGUGCGGAAUUGGAACGCUUGCAUCGUACACAAAUGCAAUGAUCAAAUUCCUCCAGUCGAAGGUGUCCAUCGCCUUCCGGACCCGGUUGACGAGGUAUAUUCAUGACUUAUACCUCACCGACAACAAUAACUAUUACAAGCUGAUGAACUUGGACGGCGGAAUUGGCCAAGGCCCCGACCAAUUCAUCACGCAAGAUCUCACACUUUUCUGCACGGCUGCCGCAUCGCUGUACUCCUCAAUGGGCAAGCCGUUGGUAGAUUUGUUUGUUUUCAACUAUCAGCUUUAUCGCUCUCUUGGUCCACUUGCUUUGAGCGGUAUCCUUGCUGGAUAUUUCAGCACUGCCGUUGUACUGCGCAAACUGUCACCACCAUUUGGAAAGCUCAAGGCAGUCGAGGGCAAGAAGGAAGGAGACUUCCGUGGCUUGCACUCUCGACUUCUCGCCAAUGCGGAAGAGAUCUCUUUCUACGGCGGAGCUGACACCGAGCGGAUCUUCUUGGUCAGGAGCUUCAAGGACCUGCAGCGAUGGAUGGAGGGCAUCUAUAGCCUCAAGAUCCGCUACAACAUGCUUGAAGAUAUGAUCUUGAAGUAUUCCUGGUCUGCAUUUGGCUAUCUUGUCACUUCAUUGCCCAUCUUCCUCCCUGCUUGGGGUGGAUCGGGUGGUAAAAUGGAACUGGCUGACGCACCCGAAGGGAUGGGCCGUGAGCGUGGCCGCAUGAAGGAGUUCAUCACGAACAAACGCCUCAUGCUUUCCCUUGCCGAUGCCGGAGGACGCAUGAUGUACAGUAUCAAGGAUAUCUCGGAACUCGCCGGCUACACCUCUCGCGUCUACGGCCUCAUUGCCACCCUGCACCGUGUCCACGCGGACGCCUACUACACCCCACCGGGUGCUCACCCCGAAUUCUACUCUCUGGCCGAUUCCCAGGGUACCACCCACAAUGGCUUCGAUGGAGUCCGCCUGGAGCAGGUCCCUAUUGUUGCCCCAUCACUCUACCCGAUGGGAGGCGACGAGCUCAUCGAGUCCUUGUCAUUCAUCGUCCACUCAGGCGACCACCUUCUCAUCUCCGGACCCAACGGUGUUGGUAAGUCUGCGAUUCCACGCAUCGUGGCCGGGCUCUGGCCCGUCUACCGCGGACUUGUCAGCCGACCUCGAGGAUUUGGCCUUGACGGCAUCAUGUUCCUUCCGCAGCGGCCAUACCUCAGCGUCGGCACUCUUCGUGACCAGGUCAUCUACCCGCACACGGAGAUCGACAUGCGCGAAGCCGGUGAGUCAGACGCAGCACUGCAAAAGAUUCUGGACGAUGCGCAUCUUGGGUACCUGCCAGAGCGUGAGGGUGGCUGGGACGCUCGCAAGGAGUGGAAAGAUGUCCUCAGCGGCGGUGAGAAGCAGCGCAUGGGCAUGGCCCGGCUCUUCUAUCACGAGCCGCGCUAUGCGUUCAUGGAUGAGGGUACCUCUGCCGUUUCAUCGGACGUCGAGGGCCUUCUGUAUGAUAAGGCCAAGGAACGUGGAAUCACACUCAUCACCAUCUCGACGCGGGCGUCCUUGAAGAAGUAUCAUACCUUCAAUCUCACUCUGGGCCUUGGCGCUGAAGGCGAGGUCUGGGAGUUUGAGAGAAUCGGCACCGAGAAAGAGAAGCUGGGCGUUGAGCGGGAGCUGCAGGAGCUGCGAAAGCGGCUAGACAACGUAGAUGAGUGGAAGAAGCGCCGUGAAGAGAUUGAUGCCGAGCUUCAGAAGGUCUGGGCAAAUGGUGCUGAAGUUCCUCCCCCGCCUUACCAGGUAGAGGAGUGUUCUGGCUCCGAGGAACUCGUUGGUGGCGCAGAAUGA